AUGGAGAGUACCCAGAGUCUUCAUUACGGGGCUAGCCAAUCUACCUUGUCAGUUCACUUCGAACCCAAACAGGAGUCAAUAUCGACGGCAACCCCUCUUCUUGACCUCAACGAUGCAACUCUUAUCCCACGAGGCUGGCCAACAUCGCCGAGCCGUAUCAAGCGUCCUCUGUCUACGAUGCUACUGCAUGGGGUGUUUGACAUAGCUUUGUUCGCUUUCUCCGCAUGCUUCCUUGUCUUUUCGCUCGUAGUCAUGCAAUACAACGAGGCUCCGACAAGCGAGAAUCCAACGGCUACCAGCGUUCUAACAAGAGCCACGAAAUAUGGCCCUACCAUCUUCCCAAUCCUCUUCGCCUCUGUCGUUGGUCGAGCAACCCACGCAAUCCUUCUCUGGCGCCUAGAGAAAGGCGAACGGAUCCAGAUCCUCGACACGUUAGCUGCGAGUACAUCCCUCACGAGCACGGUCACAUCACAGGUACACCUUCGUCAAAUCAGUUUCUUGAGUGUAUUGCUCGUUGCUAUAUGGAUGCUAUCGCCAAUCGGGGGUCAAGCAUCACUCCGGCAAAUGUCGGUCGAGACGACAGUGAAACGCAGCAUUGCAUCAUUUCAAUAUGUUGUACCAGGCAAAAUAUCGGAAGAAGCGGUUAAAAUGAUUCCAACUGUGAACAGUCUUUUUAUCACCGCCCUUUUUGCUUCCUUGAGUACUGAAGCUUCUCCAGUCGAUCUAUGGGGCAACAUCAAAAUACCUAGAAUCGAGCACUACGAGAAGAUAGCAAAGCCCAACAGCGACGGUUGGUUUGAGACUAGACCACAAUAUGAUGAUCUGGCUAAAUAUUCCUCUUUCGUCGGCAUCCCCGUUCGUGGUGCCCAAGAUAAUACUACUUCAACCGACUAUGCAUUUCACUUACAAACGGAGUAUCUUCAGUUGACAUGCGCCCCCGUCAACCAUACGACGAACGGAACAAGUCCUUACGGGGAACUGCCUCCAGAUACUCUGAAUGUAACUGGCAAGGACGGUCUCAUCUGGUGGUCAGACAAAAGAAUUCUGGAAAGAUGGACACAGGCACCCGAGACAGUGCAGCCAUUCAACCUUUCUUAUGUCGAAAGGAACUGGAAUGCUAGCUCUAAAGAUGCCUAUUUAUCCUCGCCAACCUUCGACUUUGACUCUUUCCACCGUGAUGGGACUAUUGGCAGUGUAUCUUGCUCGGUGGAAACCAGUUAUGUGGAGGUUCAAGUUUGGUGUGCUGUAAAUUCAACUUGCCAAGCUACCAAAGUCCGCCGCUCGCAGCUGGACCAACUCCCACCUGCAAUCACUAUAAUGGACGCGAAACCAGGAAAAAAUAUAUAUUCAAAUAUGUAUUCAUUCAUGGACGGAUUCAUGGCCAGUAUAGGCGGCGAAAAAAAGUGGACUGAUCCUCUUGGAAGCAUCCUCGACAACUACCUGAGGGCUCCUUCGCUCGUUACUGCACCCCAGUUCGCAUCCAAGGACCAAGUAAGCCAAGAUACAACAAAGUUCUCUAACGAGGCCUUGUCUGAAAGAUUUGGCCAUUUGCUAAAUUCGUACUGGACUUGUUUGCAUGGUAUCUAUACCGUAACUGGUGGCAUUCGAAACGAUACUUCUUAUUUCUGGGAUACAAACGUCACAUUUGUGCCGCCUAAGGUCGACAACUACAGUCAUCAAGCUGAGGUAACCUUAGGUCACUACAACUGGACAAACGACUAUAGCGCAAAAUCGAAAGUUUGGUCUUCACAAGGUAACAAACAUGAGCGCAUCGAGAUCCUUGUAGCUCACAAACCCUGGACCAUCAUACUCGCCAUCGCAUCACUAAUCCUCAUAGCGUUCAGCCUCGCUCCACCUCUGGUUCGUCACUUUCUCAUCAACGGCCCAGACAUAGCGAUAAACUUCUCCAGCCUGGCUACGAGAAACAAUUUCCACAUACCAAUUCCCGCAGGUGGAUCGUUCCUCCCUGCUUCGGGCCGGUUUAGACUGCUCAAAGAUUUGAGACUCCGUUUUGCCGAUGUUGAGGGCAACUCCAACAUUGGGAGUCUGGUGAUCGCUGCUCAGGGUGUGGAGAAAGUGGAGUAUUCCAGGAUUCGUAAGGGACGGUUGUAUGAAUGA